AGUCACAUAAACCUCGAACACAUUCUGUAGUCAUACAGAGGAUGUGUUUUUCAUUGUUUUUUCAUAUAAUUAUUUUGCAGUUCUUCGUUCGUAAAUCUAAUACUCCCAUGCCAUGGUGCCCUUGAAGGAGAAAGACGGGCCCAUCGUGAAGAACCUGCUGGCUGCGGGGUGCUGUGCUCGCUGCGUACUCCGGUUCUGUUGCAUAGGAGUACCCUCUGCCUACAGACAAUCCUACGAGGACACAGUGAAGGAACUUCAUGAUUUCAUCAGAGAAGCAGAAAACAAUCAAUCCCAAGAUGCAACAGUACCAGAACAUACAGAAAAUCCUCCAAGUAAAAAAAUAAGGCUGGACACCACAGACGCUGACAGCCAUUUUGAAGGGGACACCGCCAUGGUUCCCGUGUCAGAUGAACCUGACAAAAAGACUGCAGAUUCUGAAGUGUGUGUGGUGUGUCUGGGUGUUCUACAGGAGUUCUGUGACCGGGCCCAUGCCACAAAGAUAUCAGAUGCUGUGAAGACGGAAAACUACCAGUUUGACACGCUGGUGCUGUCCGUCUCGCUCCCUGCCCAGCUGUCUGUCAGAGAGCACUCGUGUUGGCUGCAUAUCAAGAAGGAAGUGAGGGAGAAGAGUAUGUGCCUUAACAAGGACGACGUCAUCCAAGUGAAGGAGGCCUUCAAGUGGAUCAUGCAGGGCCUGAUCUCCAAGGAGAUGGGAGGGAAGCCUGUGGUUACCAAGAGUUCGUUUGAGAUUGGCGUGGGGUUCACUCACCCAGAGACAGACGGAGACUGCCAUUUCCUGGCUAGCACCUGCUCUGACUGCUUCCGACCAACCAAGAACAAACAGUCAGUCUUCACUAGAAUGGCAGUGAUCAAAGCCCUGGAGAAAAUUUCAGAUGACAAGUUUCUGAAAAAGUUCCCCUGUCCUCCCUCAAAACCGACCAGUAAAUGCAUUGCCCAGGAUGUCCAGUGUCUUCACGUAUCUGUAUUUGUGGCAGGGAGGUACAACAAGUUCUCGCGUGCUCUGCCCCAGACUCCCUGGUUGAUUGACGGGGAGAGGAGGAUGGAAUCUUCUGUGGAAGAGCUGAUCGCUGCACCUCUCCUCUCUUCAUUCAGGGCAGACGGGUUUAACUUCUCCUCGUCCGGAAGAGAGGAUGUGGACGUGCGCACUCUUGGAAACGGUCGGCCAUUUGCAUUGGAACUGCUGAAUCCUCACAGAGCCAGGUUCAACAAGGCAGAGAUCCGGCAACUGCAGGAGACCAUUAACGGGUCAUCUGACAAAAUCCGAGUUAGAGAUCUGCAGAUCGUAACAAGAGAGGCCAUGGGGCACAUGAAGGAGGGGGAAGAGGACAAGACCAAGUCCUACACUGCCCUGAUCUGGACCCGGAAAGCCAUUGAGAAAGAGGAUAUCACCUUCAUAGACAACAUCAAAGAGUUAAAGAUAGCCCAGAAGACCCCUUUGAGAGUAUUGCAUCGCCGGCCGCUGGCCGUCAGAGAGCGCGUCAUACACACCAUGAGCACCCGCUUUCUGGACACGCAUCACUUCCACCUGGAGCUGAGGACGCAAGCUGGGACAUACAUAAAGGAGUUUGUUCAUGGAGAUUUCGGUCGUACCAAGCCUAACCUGUGCGAGCUUUUGGAAGCCGAAACGGACAUUCUUGAGUUGGACGUCGAGUCUGUGGAUGUGGACUGGCCUCCAGCCAUCCCAGAGUGACCGCAGCUGUGCUGCGUCUGACUACGUGCACCACAGAGGGGAAUUGACUGUGUCCCAUCCCCAGCACCACCUUCCCUGGACCUCCUCCACUCAGCCACGAGCUGGUGCCUCGCACUUCCACUGAUGUCUGUGUGACAAGGAUGGGGGCGAUAGGGUCAAUCCACUAUGUUGUGAAGUCUGUGAGCUUGUCCGUGAGCUAUACUACGUGUGAUCCAUACCUGAAAGGUGUGCUGAGUGUUGUGUGGAUUAACAAGGGAUGCUUGAUGUUAUUGUUGGAGGAGGCAUUGGUCAAGAGGUGGGGAGUUUGUGAAGAAUCGCAGUAUCACUGAGAAUGUCUCACCAAAAUGGAAAUUCUGUUUAAAUUCUUAAGCUUGUAUCAGAGCGUAUCUUUUGGGAACAUGUACAUUAUAUUUUUUUUCGAAGGAAAACCAGGAAACUGGUAGUGUACUGUACUUAGUGUUUUUGUGUUGCGGUUAACCUCCUCAAUGCUGUGCAGACCAUGGUGGGAUUCAAAAUUGAUUUGUAGUAGCCCUCUCAGCAAGUAAUGAUUUUGUUCCGCCUUAAAAAAUAAAGUUCCUUUCCCUAAUAGUU